AUGACUGUAAGUUAUAAUCAGUCAGUAGCUACUUCAAGACCAUGGACCUUUCUUGCUCUCAUAUUCAGAUGGAGAGGUUCGGUAUGGAAGGCGAUCUGGAUUCAGUACUCAGUCUGGCUGGGAUUAUACUUUCUAGUAUCCGCGAUCUAUCGUUUCAUUUUGCAAGAUUAUCAGAGACAGAUUUUUGUGCAGUUAGUAGAUUACACGGGUGCUAGAUUGUCAUAUGUUCCUCUGGAUUGGAUGCUUGGAUUCUUCAUUGCUGGAGUUCUCCGCAGAUUUUGGUAUCUCUAUGACAUCAUUGGAUUUAUUGACAAUAUUGCUUGUUCAACAGCCACAUACAUUCGGGGAGACAGUGACAGAGCAAAACAGUACAGACGAAAUAUAAUUCGAUACUGUGAGCUGACUCAAGUUCUAAUCUUUCGUGAUUUAUCGAUGAAAGCUCGAAAACGGUUUCCAACUCUUGAUACGGUGGCAGCUGCAGGAUUCAUGAUGCCUCAUGAAAAAGCCAACUUUGAUCAGAUUCAAUACAAUUACAACAAGUAUUUCCUACCGUUCAACUGGGCAUGGGCAUUGGUUUACAAUGCGAGAAAAGAAGGACUCAUUGAAGGAGACUACUAUGUUACAGUGAUAUCAGAGGAUAUCAAGAAGUUCCGUACAGGUCUUGCUUGGGUUUGUAACUACGAUUGGGUGCCGCUUCCUAUCAUUUAUCCCACUAUUGUGUGCCUCGCAGUUCAUAUGUAUUUCUUCGUGUGUGUCAUGGCAAGACAGUACGUGAAAGGUUCUGAGAAUGACCCAAAUAUGAUUGAUCUAGUAUUUCCAUUUAUGACAAGCAUCCAAUUCGUUUUUUAUAUGGGAUGGUUGAAAGUUGGAGAAGGCCUACUGAAUCCAUGGGGUGAAGAUGACGACGACUUCGAGACUAAUAUGCUUAUCGACAGAAAUCUUGCGAUGGGAUUGAAAAUCGUCGACGAAGGAUAUGAUAAAACACCAAGAUUGGAAAAGGACGCAUUCUGGGAUGAUACGUGGGUUCCAUUGUAUUCAGAAGCUAGUGCCCAUGAGAAGAGAUACCAUCAAAGGCAGGGAUCAUUGGCACACAUUAAAUUGAGUCGAUCGGUUUCGCAAGUCAGAAUGGUUCCUAGAGAUGGAAGACGAGCCAGUGUUGUCAAGGAACGAAUCGUCAAUGUCAAACCAGGCAAUGGUAUCGGUGACGUUUUCCGUCCAUCAUCUCUUCUCAAUUUGAUGAAGCAUGCUGCCUCUUCUCAUAGUUUGGAAAGACAGCAAAGUCCAGGAAGUUUCCGAAUGGACACACUUUCACCUACUUCUCCCACAACUAACGCCAAAGAAUAUGAAAGCGAUAAGAGAGACUAA